UCAUAGCCACAAUCUGUUCUCGCUCUCAAACUCCGUAGCAAUGCCUCAACAAGAUCCACAAAUCAUCAGUACCGAAAUCAAAGAACGGUCACCAAAGGUUCAGAAACUCGACCAAAACGACGUCACACACACUUCUACCCCGCUAUUGCGAGUGAAGAUGCUCUCCGAGAAAGCUGUUCUGCCCUCAAGAGCGUCUCCCCUCUCUGCUGGUUACGAUCUCUCUAGCGCAAUAGAGACAAAAGUACCAGCCAGAGGCAAAGCUUUGAUUUCCACAGACCUUAGCAUUGCAAUACCAGAAGGAACCUAUGCUCGAAUUGCCCCUAGACAGGGGUUGGCAUGGAAGCACUCGAUGGACGUGGGUGCCCGUGUGAUUGAUGCUGACUACAGGGGAGCAGUCGGGGUGACCUUGUUUAACCAUUCUGAUACCGAUUUCCAGGUGAACCUCGUCGAUAGGAUUGCUCAAUCAUUAUCUAUAUUACCUUAAUACAUUAAGGAUAUUAUUUUAAUUUUUUUAAUUUUAUUUAUUUUUAUAAUAAUUCUACUUGUCUUAUUAAGGCUCGUUUAUCCUAUUUUUCUUUCUUUUUUACUUAAUAAACGAAUGCAGUUUUUUCUUCUUUCCUGUCUUUCUCUCCCCUCUUCCUCUCUUCCUAACCAAAUAUUACAUAAAGUAACACGACGGAUCAGAAAGGAUGCAAUUCAUUCAUUUAUUAUCCUCUCUCCUAUCUAUUAGAUGAAAUUUAUU